GCUGUGUGACUUGUAAUGCAUCAAAGAGUUUUUUGUGGAACAAUUUUCGAGGCCCCAGAGCCUAAUCGACUAUCUGUGUUGAAGAACGCGUUAAUACUUGUAAACUCUGAUGGCGUGAUCGAAAAGGUUCUAUCCCGCACCGAACAUCCUGAUGAGUAUGAUCGACUUCUAUCUGUAGCCAAGGCGGAGCAUUCGCUGACGGAGCUAUCGUGUGGGCAGUAUUUUAUGCCUGGAUUUGUGGACCUCCACGUGCAUGCCCCACAAUGGCCACAACUUGGAAAGGCGAUGGAUUGCCCCCUCGAAUUAUGGCUUCAUAAAUACACAUUCCCUUUGGAGGCUAAGUAUAGCGACAUAGAAUUUGCCGCUAAGGCUUAUAACAGUCUGGUGGAAGCCUUGUUGGCUAACGGUACCACAUGUGUCGCGUACUUUGCCACUGCACAUGUGGAAUCGAGCCUUUUAUUGGCAAAGAUUUGCUUGGAAAAAGGGCAGCGGGCUGUUGUCGGGCGGGUCGCACUGGAUUUGCCGAGUGAGUGCCCUGAGUACUACCGAGAUCCCUCGCCCCAGGAGUCCGUCGCCUUGUCUGAACGUUUUAUUCGAGAGAUGCAAACUCUACCUGGUAACGAGCUAAAGCUGGUGCUUCCAGCUGUUAUCCCACGCUUCAUCCCAACAAGCAGCCACGAGGCCUUGAUAGGUCUCGGAAAGCUCGUGCAAAGAUACGGCUGCCACGUGCAGACUCAUUGCUCGGAAAGCGAUUGGGAACACCACCACGUGAUCGCGCGCUAUAACAAGCACGACGCCUUCGCCCUGGACGACUUUGGCCUACUAACACGGCAAACCGUACUCGCGCACAGCGUUUUUCUUUCUGAUGAGGAUAUGGAUCUCGUGAAGCAUCGCGGAUCGGCUGUGGCGCAUUGCCCGUUGUCGAAUAUUUACUUUUCCAAUGCUGUCUUUCCGCUCGCGGCGGCCUUGCGAAAAGGUCUGCACGUCGGCCUCGGAACGGAUAUCUCCGGGGGGCAUAGCGCCUCCAUCUUUGAUGCUAUGCGGUUCAGCAUGUCAUCUUCGCGAUUACUGGCGAGUGGCAUCAACCCCAAUCUCCCUCGUGAGGAGCGCAGCACAUAUGAUCCCAGCACAACAUCAAUUGACCACCUCACGGCCUUCUAUGCGGCUACCACAAUGGGGGGUAUCUCCCUCGACCUGAAGGUUGGCCGCUUGAUGCCCGGAUAUUUCUUUGAUGCAGUUGUGGUCGACACAACACUAAAGCACGGUGGUAUUCAUAUCUUUAAAGAGCUGGAUAACGACGAGGAUAUUUUCCAAAAAAUUAUCCUUACCGCAUCUCCAUCCAACAUCGUGCGAACUUACGUUAGUGGGCGAACCGUUUAUAAAGCAUAG